AUGGAAGCCAAUUGUCAGAGGUUAUUAUUUCGCGACGACGUAUCAGGAGAUGAGAUCGAAAUAGAUCUCUAUGACGGCACCGGCGAGUAUCCCGAGCUGCAGGGCUUACCCGAAGAUGUCAUUGCGUCUGAGCACAGACCUGAGUCAUCCUCGAACGACGGAAAUAAACUAUGCGAGUUAUAUGAUCCACCCAAACCGCUCAAUGAGGCUGAAUAUGACUUUGAAUGUUUGGAUAUACCUGGACAGUCUGAUAUCCUCCAUACGUAUACGCCCGAGGAACUUUCUUCAUGGGAUCUACUAUCCGAACUAUCUGAUCCAUACGCGCAAAUCAUUCCGUCCGGGUCAUCAUCGGUUCCCGACUCCCCCAGACUAGAUCUCCAACUAGUCCUAGUCCCAGCGCCAGAUGUACCAGGCGUUGAAAGAGUUCUCGCGGCGGGAAGCCCACCAUCUCCCCCGGGCAAUCCCUGCAAUGGGAAAUGUAAAGGGGAUCUAUUGGGGCCUCAUAAAUGCCAACGUCUCCAAGGAAAGCUGAAAAUCACAUGUCUCGGCAACAAUUCAUGUAACCGCGUAUUCAUCACCAAGAACGACUUCAACCGUCACUGCAGGACGAAGCAUGAGCUCAAGAACAUACCGCUGAUCGACUGCGAGUUUGCCGGAUGCAAUAGGGUUGGCAAUGAAGGGUUCUCACGCAAGGAUAACAUGCGCCAGCAUAUGAGAGAUGUGCACAGGGUAGCAUGUCCUGUCAGACAGUUUAGAGUUCAGGGCCCGGUGCGUGGUUUUGUUUAG